AUGGCGGAUCCACGAACACAAUUGUUGACAGUUCUGCAUGAGGCAGCAUCCCAGGACUAUGCACGAAUGAGACAGGCAGAAGAAAUGUUAAAACAAUGGGAAAAUGCUAGUCAAUUCUUUGCUACUUUGCAGGACAUAUUCUACGAUCGUUCGGUUCACCAUGAUGUCCGUUUCUUGAGCGGAAUCUACCUCAAGAAUGGUAUUGAUCGUUUUUGGAGAAGAACAGCAAAAAAUCCUAUUGCACCAGAAGAAAAGAUAGCCAUUCGAUUGCGACUACUUCAAUUUUUGGAUGAACCUAGCAAAAAGCUCGCUUCUCAAAAUGCUAUCAUUGUGGCUCGUAUUGCACGUUUAGAUUUCCCAAAUGAAUGGCCAGAGCUUUUGCCAACUUUGAUCCAAGCUAUUGAAACUACCAGCUCCGGAAACAACGAACAAUCCCGGAUUAUUCAUGACCGUUCCCUCAGCAUGUUGUAUGAAGUGUUGUCUGAGCUUAGCACACGUCUCUUGUCAGCUGGUCGAAAACAAUUUGCUUCAAUUGCACCAAGAACAUUCCAAACAAUUGCUCAGGUGUAUGCAACUUACACUGAACGAACAAUUGCAUAUAUGGCCAAUAUACAAGCUAUUAUUACCGAUUCUGUUGCUAAAGCGCGUACAAUUGAAGAGCUAGAAAUUACUUCCAUGUGUCUUAAAUGCUUGAGGAUACUUAUGGUCAGCGGGAUCCGCGAUGUCCAUAAAUACGACGAAACAAAGAUGUUCAUUCGAAUGAGCCAAAGACAUAUUCAGAGCUAUGUUGAUAUUCACACCUGUAUUGCUCAACUAAAUGUUUCUGGUGACAUUGUGAAGGUCUUGGAAACCGUUAUUGAGGAUUACGGAACCCUUUACCUUGGUUUGCAAAAGGCACAUCCUGUGUCCUCAGCUCUUUGCACCUCAUGGGUGGAUAUUUUAAAAUUCUAUUGGCAUAAUAUUGUGAUGCAAGGCGACGCUUUGGUUAAACAACAUAUACCAGCCAGCGAGAGUCUUUCUGUAACAGACGAAGAAACCAUUCUUGCCAAUGAUGCGUGCCGUAUAAUUAAUGAGCAACUGCUUACUCCUGACUUUGUUCGUACGUGCGCAGAGACCUUGGUUUCCAAAUAUAUGCUCUUAACACCAACCGAUUUUGAGCAAUGGGAAGAGGAUCCAGAGACCUGGGCCAAUCAUUCUGAUACCGAAAACUGGGAAUUUGAAAUGAGAGUAAGCAAUAACAAAAAAAAUAGGAGCGAUAUUUCUGAGGGGGGUAUUAAUGUGCACGUUCCAUAUAAGCCAUGUGCAGAAAUGACAUUCAUGACACUCCUGACACAAUAUAGAGACUUGUUGUGCCCUAUAAUGCUUAAUCUUACGGAACAGGUGGCUACUGUCGUUGAUCAACAGGGCCUUCUAUUCAAAGACGCUGUAUACUGUGGUCUUGGACUUGGAGUAAAUACACUGUAUGGAAAGCUAGACUUUGAGUUAUUUGUUGUCAACAGACUCCAACCCGAAGUAUCCAACAAAGAACCCAGCUUCAAGAUUUUGCGGCGUAGAAUAGCUUGGUUGGUUGGAAGAUGGGUUAGCGAAGGCAUUAGCGCAGACUGCCGUACUAUAAUUUAUCAGAUACUUUUACAACUUAUGGUGGCUGAAGAGGACCUGGUUGUGCGUCUGACAGCUGCUCACAGCUUAAAACUAGCCAUCGAUGAUUGGGAUUUCGAUCUUAGCAUCCUCCUGCCUUUUCUUGGCCCAGCAAUGGACCUUCUGAUGGCUUUGUUGAAUGAAGCUGAAGAUUCGGACACGGUUAUGAGACUUAUUUCUGAUCUCAAUACCAUCAUGGAUCGUACACAGACCGAGAUCAUUCCUUAUGCACCAAAGAUGAUCGAAUUGCUUACCCCUCUCUGGACAAGAGCCCAAAAAGAACCACUAUUCCAAUCAUCUUUGGUUAUUACCUUUACGAAGAUAUCUGCAAUUCUUAAUGAACAAUCCGUUCAGCUCCAAGAUCUUCUUAUUCCUAUGGUGGAAUACUGUGUCAACAAAAACAACGAGGCACAUGUUUAUCUCAUAGAUGAUGCCCUCGAUUUAUGGUGGACAUUACUUCAAAGCACACCAUACGCCAGUCCUCAGAUGAUGAAACUACUCCCAAUAGCUAUUGAGCUGUUGGAUUUUGAUACCGAGAAUAUGCGUAAAGUACUGAAAAUAAUUGAGAGCUACAUUCUACUCUCUCCAGAGGCCACUUUACAGCAAUAUGCGAUGGGGUUAUUUGGACGCUUGGCAUCCUAUGUUGGAAAUUCAAAGGCGGAAGUGGCAUCCAAUAUUGUCAGCACAGCGGACCUUGCGCUGAUGUCUGUUCCAAUUCAAAUGUAUGGGGAUGCUCUUGUACAGUCUGGAUUGUUGGGAAGCGUUCUUCAGACUUUCCUUCAAGAAGAGCUUUAUGCGUACGCUUUGAUGAACUAUAUGACAUUGUUUGCCAGGUUGGCAAUUUAUGAUGCCAAUCUUAUCAUUCAAUUCAUUCAAAUGGCUGGACAACAGCUUAAGCCUACUUCUACUGACUUUCUUGGUGAACUAAUGGAUUCGUGGAUGGACAAAUUUGACAACCUGAGCCACCCACGUAGCCGCAAGCUAACUUGUAUGGCUUUCACCAACAUGGUCCGAACUGGAAACCAAACCGUCCUCUCAAGAUUACCGGGGAUAUUCUCUAUCUGGACCGACGUACUUGCAGAAACAGCAGACCCUGACUCUAAAGAGGCACUAUUACACAACGAAUCAGAUCUUGAGGGAGAUCUUGCACAGCUCGAUGAGUCACUUGAGAAGAACAGAAAGUUAGAGCUUUCUCGCCGAGAUCUUGUGUAUACCACUGAUCUUGUAUCUAUGAUUCAUCAAACUUUGACUAUAUGUGAGGCUAAUCACGGGGGAUCUGAAGCAUUCCAUCAGAUGUACUUGAUUAAUGUGGAUCCUAGCCUUCUGGAGCAGGUUAACCAAAUUAUGUCUGCGUUAUGA